UCAAUUUUUAUUCCUUGCCGGUGGUGUAAACCACAAUUACAAUUUUAUUACAAAUAUUUCACAUAUUUUACUUAAAAUAUACACUUUAAUUAUUUAUAUUAAUUUUUUAACUUAUAAAACUCUACAAUGUCGACAAUUGAAGCCAGCGCCGUCUAUCUUCCGUUGGCACUCAUUGAUAAAUGUCUCGGAAGUAAAAUUUGGAUCAUAAUGAAGAACGAUAAGGAAAUUACAGGAACCCUUAGAGGCUUUGACGACUAUAUGAACAUGGUCCUGGAGGAUGUUGUCGACUACUCCUUCUCACCGGAUGGAGUCAAAACAACAGAGUUGAAUGACGCCUUAGUUAAUGGAAACAAUGUAGCAAUGCUAGUUCCAGGUGGAAAGCCGACAAAUGUUAAAUAAUGCAUAUUCAGUCAUCGGAGUCCACACUUUCCUGAGUUGGCACGUAGUCUUCAUUAUCGGAAUCAAAUGUAGUUGACACAGUAUCAGACUUGGCGAUUUUCUACAUUUUAAUUAAUUAAUAUUAUCUUUACCUUUA